CCCACCAGUGCCUGUGAGACAAUGGGUAGAGCAGAUAUCUGGUUGAUGCGAACCUACUGGGAUUUUGAUUUCCCUCGUCCUUUCCUCCCUAACUUCAUAUUUGUUGGUGGAAUCCACUGCAGACCGGCUAAACCUUUACCAGAGGAUAUGGAGGAGUUUGUGCAGAGUUCUGGAGAUGCUUGCAUUGUGGUCUUCACUUUGGGAUCAUUCAUCAAGAACAUUAAUACAGAGAAGGGAAACAUGGUCGCCUCAGCACUCGCUCAGAUCCCACAAAAGGUGCUGUGGAGAUACAGUGGAGAAAAACCAGCAACUCUGGGUGCCAACACCAGAAUAUACAACUGGAUACCUCAGAAUGACCUGCUGG